AUGGCUAGUCCCGCCAGACAUGAUUACGAAAAUCCUGCGGUGACAGAUGAUGAUGAUACGGAAGUUUUAUCUCAUUCCAAUCAUCUACCAUCUACUUUUCUCAAAACUCGGCAGAACAUUGCCGCCUCCGCACAAGUUUUCAUGCUAGGGGUACCGCCAAAGUUGGCAAAUGUUUGGUUCUCGGAAUUUGGGGAGCAAAAUUUUGCCACUUCAAUUGGAGUCACGGCCAACAAUGCAGGAAUCGCUGCGGGAUUUCUAUUAUCCCCUUGGAUGAUUAAAGAAAAAACGGCGGAAUACGAUGUACCGAAAUAUUUGUUGCUGCAAUUUGGUUUUUGUUCGCUGGUCUAUUUGUGCCUGCUUUUUACGUUCAGAUCAGCACCCAGAGAAAUUCCAAGCCGGAUGGUUAGACGAAGGGAUUCUACAACUUCACUAUCCGCCACAAUUUGUUUUUCAAACAUUAACCACUACGUUACAGAUAGACCAUUCAUGUUACUAACAGUUUCCUACGGGAUGAUUACAGGUGGUCAAUAUGCAUUGAGCACGCUAUUGGCACAAAUAAUUCUACCCGUGUUUAGGGAAUACAAUGAGUAUGCAACGAUGAUAACGUCAAAGCAAUUGCCAGAUGACGAAAUUGCAACGACCGGAAUCCUGAAUACCUUUUCUCAAAUAUGGGGAAUCAUCCUGAUUUCCGUCAUGAGUUCAAUCGAAAAUUCGGAUAGCAAAUAUACCAUGGAAUUACCAAACUGGGUAUUAUUCAUAAUUGUGUCAUUUGGUCUGAUUUUAUUAUUGUUAAUGCCAGCAGCAGAAGACAGUAAUCUUGGUUCUCGGGACGAAUUGCUAUAUGAUGAAAAUUUUAUUGAGGAAAUUAUGGAUGAGGAAGAGGGAAUCGAACGGUAA